AUGGCUGAUGCUCUUGUUUCCGUAGUAUUGGAGCAGCUGAGCUCAAUCUUUAUUCAGGAAGUGCAACGAGAAGUGAGGCUCGUCGUUGGUGUCAAGAACGAGGUUAAAAAGCUUACCAGCAAUUUCCAGGCCAUCCAAGCUGUGCUUGCCGAUGCAGAGGAAAGACAGUUGAAGGAUCAGUUGGUCAAACAUUGGUUAGAUCAGCUCAAAGACGUAUCUUACGACAUGGAUGAUGUUCUGGAUGAGUGGGGCACUGCAAUUGCAAAAUCGCAAAGCAAGGUAAAUGAGCAUCCCCGCAAGAAUACAAGGAAGGUAUGCUCUUUCAUGAUCUUCUCUUGCUUUCGUUUUAGAGAAGUUGGUUUGCGUUGUCGUGUUGCUUAUAAGAUAAAAGAACUGAAUGAAAGAAUAAAUGGCAUUAUGGUUGAGAAAGAUAGGUUCCACUUCAAGUUAUUGGAAGCGGGAAUUAAACAGCUUGAACAUCAUGAAACCGCUUCUGUUAUAGAUGUAGAAGAAGUUAAAGGUAGAGAAAUGGAUAAAGACAGGGUUAUAAAAAUGUUGUUAAGUACUGAGAGUAGUCAAGGACCAGCCCUCCGUACAAUCUCUCUAGUAGGGAUGGGAGGGAUAGGAAAGACAACCCUUGCUCAACUAGUUUAUAGUGAUCAUGAGGUGGUGACCCAUUUUGAGAAGAGAAUAUGGGUUUGUGUAUCAGAUACCUUUGAUGAGACAAGGAUUGCCAAGGAAAUCCUUGAAGCUCUUAUGGGGUCUGCCCAUAAUUUAAACAAAUUAGAGACUUUGCUGGGAAAAAUACAACAAUCAUUUAGGGAAAAGAAAUUCUUGCUUGUCCUAGAUGAUGUGUGGAAUGAAGAUUCUACAAAGUGGGAGCAACUGAGAAACUCCCUCAAGUGUGGUUGUUUGCCUGGAAGUAGUAUUUUGGUGACCACACGUAAUAGGAAUGUUGCAAACUGCAUGGGCUCCUCACGCACUGACAUUUUAGAACUAGGACUUCUCUCUACAGAUGAAUGCUGGUCACUGUUCAUCUUUCCCAAAGACUUCAGACUUCAGAGGGAUACUUUGAUCAAACUGUGGAUGGCACAAGGUUUUCUUCGGGAAACACAUAAUGAAGAGGUGGAAGUAACGGGUGGUGAGUGCUUCGAAGCUUUAGCCGCACGCUCUUUCUUUCAAGAUUUUGAGAAAGACGAGGGUGAUGGCAGCAUUUAUGCAUGUAAGAUGCAUGAUAUGCUGCAUGAUUUUGCUCAAAACUUGACAAAAAAUGAAUGUUUUAGUGUAGAUAUCGAUGGUGCCACAGAGUCCAAGAUAGACUCUUUUUCUAGAGAUGCCCGACACUCCAUGAUAGUUUUUAGAAAUGAUGAAACCGACCCAUUACCUGCAACUAUCCAUAGUUUCAAAAAGCUUCGCAGCCUGAUUGUUGAUGGUUAUCCUUCAUCGAUGAAUGCAGCCUUACCUAAAUUAAUCGCUAAUUUGAGUUGUUUAAGAACAUUGAAGUUGUCACGAUGUGGAAUACAAGAAGUCCCAUCCAACAUAGGAAAGUUGAUACACCUGAGGCAUGUUGACUUGUCUAAGAAUGAGAUCAGGGAGUUACCUGAAGCUAUGUGUGAAUUGUAUAAUAUGCUAACUUUAGAUGUCUCGGAUUGUAAGAAACUUGAAAGGCUGCCUGAUAACAUAGGAAGACUAGUCAAAUUAAGACAUCUCAGUGUUCUUAACGAUCAGUUUGUGAAGAUGAGAGGAUUUGAGGGGUUAAGUUCUCUUCGGGAAUUGGAUGAUUUCCAUGUGAGUGUCAGUGGUGAAGUGUCUAAUAUUGAGGAUUUGAGAAACUUGAACCACCUUCAAGGAUCUCUUACGAUAAGUUGGUUGGGAGAUGUGAAAGAUCCUGAUGAGGUUCGGAAAGCAGAACUUAAGAGUAAGAAACACCUCACUAGGUUAGAUUUAUGGUUUGAAUCGAGGACAGACAGGAGGAUAAUUCGCGAUGAUGAAGUCCUUGAAGCCUUAGAACCACCUCUAAACAUUGAUUCGUUGAGGAUAGGUGGUUACCAAGGAGUCAUCCUCCUUCGGGUGUUUCCUGGAUGGAUUAAUAAACUAAGGGUUGUUUCACUCAGGGAGUGGGGUAAGAUUGAGAAUCUGCCUCCUUUGGGGAAGUUGCCAUCUCUUGAAAAAUUGAGAGUAGGUCGGAUGGAAUGCGUGGGAAGGGUGGGGCGUGAAUUCUUGGGAUUGGGAGUUGAUAGUGACAUUAGUAAUGGAGAAAUGACAUCAUCAUCAUCAUCAAAUACUAUUAUUGCAUUCCCCAAGUUGAAAAGUCUUUCCUUUUGGUGGAUGGGAAAUUGGGAAGAGUGGGAAGGAGGAAAUGAAGAUAAAACAAACAUCUCCAUUUCAACCAUAAUUAUGCCCUCUCUUCGUUCCUUGGAAAUUUUAAAGUGUCCAAAACUGAAAGCACUUCCGGAUUACGUGCUCCAGUCAACAACUCUUGAGCAACUAGAAAUCUAUAAAAGCCCAAUUCUAAAAGAGGAAUUCAAAGCGGGGGGAAAGGGCUGGCCCAACGCCUCUCAUACCCCAAACAUCAGAUUUUAUUAG